CAGAUGGGGCAUUCAUGCAAUAUAGCUUUGAUAGCCAUUUAACACGUCUAAAAAGCCUACCCUGAAAAUUAUUUAGGGUAGAAUCAGUUUUGUGCAAACAAGAAUGAGAAAGAGGCAAAACCUUUUAAUUAAUUUUGAUUAAAUUAUACUACAUGAAUCAUCAGUACAGCAACAUCAAAUCUGCACAAGGUUUUAUUGAGAAUCUUGUUAUAGAUAAAUUGGCAGAGAUUUUUCAGCUCUUACUAGGUUAAAAGGAAAUAGUAUUUCCUAAGUAUCUCUUUCUGACAAAGAAUUUUAGCACUUUAAAAAUAGAGAUCCGGUUUUCCCAUUCCGCUCUCAACAGGCCAUUCAGUGGACGGGAACGCAGUCCCUGGUCAGCUUCCCGAUGAUAGCAUCCCGUUCCAAGAUCAGAAUGUACUUGUGAUGUUCCCCUGUGGAGAUAACUUCAUCGGGAAGGAUGUACACCCUGCUGUCUGGUCUGUACAAGUAUAUGUUCCGGCGAGACGAAUACUGCAUCUUGAUCCUCGGAUUGGACAAUGCUGGGAAAACGACCUUCCUCGAGCAGACGAAAACAAGGUUUAACAGGAAUUGCAAAGGGAUGAGCUUAUCCAAAAUCACAACCACCGUGGGUCUGAACAUUGGCACUAUAGAUGUGGGCAAAGCUAGGCUCAUGUUCUGGGAUCUUGGAGGACAAGAAGAGCUUCAGUCUCUCUGGGAUAAGUAUUAUGCAGAAUCCCAUGGUGUCAUCUACGUUAUUGACUCUACUGAUGAAGAAAGGCUUUCCGAAUCCAAACGAGCUUUUGAAAGGGUGGUGACCAGUGAAGUUCUGGAAGGCGUUCCAUUGUUGGUCCUGGCCAACAAACAGGAUGUAGAGAACUGCCUGUCGAUCCCUGAUAUCAAGACCGCAUUUAGUGACUGCAUCAACAAAAUCGGGAAGAGGGACUGCUUGACUCAGGCCUGCUCUGCUCUCACUGGCAAAGGCGUGCAUGAGGGGAUCGAGUGGAUGGUGAAGUGUGUGGUGAGGAAUAUUCAUCGCCCCCCAAGGCAGAAGGACAUAACGUAGCGAGCCCCUGAAGAACUGAGCACCAGCGCCCUCGUCCUGCGCAGGCUCCCUGCUUUUUCUCUCUCUCCUGUCCUCUUCCUCUCUCUCAAGGAGAGACUCCGAAACUCCGGGUUUGUUCUUCGCUGGCGUGUGUUAAGGGUGCACACGUCCUCCUUUGAUUUCUCACAGACUAACUCCUGAACAGAGAAGGACCCUGACUCCAGUUUCUGUCUAGUGAUUCCUCGCAAGUCCAUUGCACAAAGAGAGGCGAUCGUCUUUGCGUGGGCAUUGGAGCCCCUUAAGGAUUGCGACUCCCUCUGCAUCGCUUCAGCCUGCAGGGCUGAGAGGUCUUCGUGAUUAGCCAAAUGGAAAUAGGUGCUUGAACUAUUGAAAAUCUCACAUUCCACUUGAGGUCUGGACUUGUUUCUAGACUGGAGCUGUAUGAACACCAACAUCUCAGUCUAUUUAUAUGCUGCAGGGGGAUUGGAAGUGGGAUAUGGAACAGGCGAAGCAUGUUGCAGACCCUCUGGUGGGGGACGGGGGGAUCAGAAGCGCUCUGGGGCUGAGGCUGCUUCUGCUCUUCUUAAUGUUACUAUACAGGGUCAAGAUUGAUUUCUAGUCUUUGAUUUCCAGGUUGGCUUUGUUACUUUCAUCUGUGAUGUUACAGAAAUAAAAGCCAAAGACUGCAGUAUGAUUCAUACCCCGCAGUGGGCUGUGCUGGUGGCAGGUUCCUUCAGAGGUUUUGUGCCUCUGGUUCUUUCACUUAAAUGGCAAAUUCCUCUGUGAGCUGUUCUGUAACUGGUGAAACCAAUCCAGGAAACUGUAUGGGGAUUCUUGUCCAAUAAAGUUGCAUAUCCUUCUGUCCA